CCCGCCGCAGCCAAACGCCGGCAACUACCAAAUCCCCAAACCCUAGCGCGGCAAUGCCCCGCUAGGCCGCCAGCCUCCCACCCGACCCGACCUGACCCGAUCACCGGGCCGGCCAUGGUCCGGGCGGGACGAUGCUGCUGGAGGACUUCGGGCAGCGGGUGGACCUCACGCGGCGCAUCCGCGAGGUGCUGGCCAACUACCCGGAGGGCACCACCGCGCUGCGGGAGCUCAUCCAGAACGCCGACGAUGCCGGGGCCUCGCGGGUCCGCCUCUGCCUCGACCUCCGCGCCCACGGCGCCUCCUCGCUGCUCGCCCCGGCGCUCGCGCAGUGGCAGGGCCCCGCCCUGCUUGCCCACAACGACGCCGCCUUCACCGACGACGACUUCGCCAGCAUCUCCCGCAUCGGCGGCAGCAAGAAGGCCUCCCAGGCAUGGAAGACCAGCCGCUUCGGCGUUGGUUUCAACUCGGUGUACCACUUGACCAACUUGCCAUCGUUCGUGAGUGGCAAGUAUGUUGUCAUGUUUGAUCCUCAGGGCACUUACCUUCCAAAUGUGUCGGCUCAAAUCCUGGAAAGCGCAUAGACUUUGUCAGUUCUACGGCACUUAUAUUGUACGGCGACCAGCUCUCGCCCUAUCGUGCAUUUGGCUGCGACAUGAAAGCGCCAUUUCAAGGAACCUUGUUCCGUUUCCCUUUGAGGAAUGCUGAGCAAGCAUCCUCUAGCCGGUUAUCAAGACAAGUGUACACGGAGGAUGAUAUCUUAUCUCUUUUCGCUCAACUCUAUGAAGAAGCUGUAUACAACUUGCUUUUUCUUAAAAAUGUCCUCGCGCUUGAAAUGUAUGUGUGGGAACCUGA